GUAGACUGAACAUGCGUGGGACUAAGUCGGCGAAAGUUAACCGGCUGUAGUUAGCACUUACAGUAAUAUUUUUUGCAGUAGUUGGUGAAAUUAUUAGAUUUAUAUUCGUAUAUUUGGCCCUAUUUUCAAAAGACAGUUCUAUUAAGUUGUUUUUGUAUUGGUUACCCAGCAGAGAACGACUUGCUUAUCACACUUUACCGGCGCGGCCUUCUCAUCCCCGCUCUGUAUUUAAACGCUUGGCGGAAGAGGACAGCGGUUUGAAUCAUCAUCAUUGUUUUUCUACUAAGAGUACAUCAAUAUAUCACAACAGCAGGACGUGCGGUCGGUUUUGUCAAGCAAUCGUGUAGCCAGUUGUGUCAGAUCACAGUCUUACAGAGUGUUUAAAGCAGUUUGUUUAUUUCUGAGUUUUGUUUUGCUUGGUGCUAUGGAAGCUCCACCGGUUACCGUCAUGCCCGUUACAGGCGGCACAAUCAACAUGAUGGAGUAUUUACUGCAAGGCAGUGUACUGGAUCAGUCCUUGGAAAAUCUUCUUCAUCGUCUUAGAGGUUUAUGUGACAACAUAGAGCCUGAAAGCUUCGCAGACCAUGAGCUCGUCUAUCUUCUGAAAGGUCAGCAAGGGAAUCCUUUCAUCCUGCGAGCCAGGCGAUCUCUCGCACACCCCACUUCUCCCUGGCACUUGCGCUACCUCGGGCAGCCGGAGGUGGGUGACAAGAGUCGCCACGCUCUGGUACGGAACUGCGUGGAUGUUGCAGCCUCUCACAGUCUGCCAGACUUUCUUAAUGAGAUGGGCUUUCGAAUGGACCACGAAUUUGUUGCCAAAGGACAUAUUUUCCGCAAAGGAGCCCUCAAAGUGAUUGUGAGCAAACUGUCUCGGGUGCUUGUUCCAGGUAACACGGACAACACCGAACCACUUUCUUUGUCAUACCUGGUAGAACUUAGUGUGCUGGCACCAGCAGGACAGGACACUGUUUCUGAGGACAUGCGCAGCUUUGCAGAGCAGCUUAAGCCCCUUGUACACCUUGAGAAAAUUGACCCCAAAAGGCUCAUGUAGGUCUUAAGAACUCUCUGGACUGAAGUGAAACAAGCUUGAUGAAGUCUGCAUGUAAUGUGUUGCAAGAUGGAUCAUUUGUACAUUUCCAAAAACUCUCUGUAUCAUUAAUAGGCAAAGUAACAGACCCAAAAAUGCCCUGAUUUCAUUUUUAAUAUCAGAUGCAUCAGUGAAUCUGGUCUAAAAUAUCUAAUUUAAUACAGAUCCGGUGUUUUAGGCUUGUACUCAUAUUGAACUGGCAGCUUUGAAUUAUUUGUAGAAUAGAAAUUACCCAUCAAACAUUGCUCCGAAACAUAACGGGCUUUAAAAGUGAAACAUUUAUGCCAGAUAGGAAAAGGUAAUUGUGAACAUUUUACAUUUAAGUUAUGUAUUAUACAUGCUGUUAAGUAUUGGCAAAAGUUUGAAUAAAGACAGUAGUAAAUGGUUAAUGUAAAACAUUAAAAUACCUUUAUAACUGUUCCACAAUAAAUGCAGUAUAGCAAUUCAUAACUAAUACAAAUACACAUUUACUCCUCAGAGAUCUGUUUUAUAGAGCCAUACUUUCAGUUUUGUAGUCAUGACAGAUACAGUUAGGAUGUAAUUUUGUCACAACUGUUUUUUUAAAUAUAUUUAAAUGCUGUAUAAUGCCAGACCUAACGUCAUUACCUUUGAAGCCUGUUUUGGGAAAAAAAACACUUUAUUAAUUAAAGUCCUCCAGUCUCUUUCA